AUGCCCAGCGUCUUCCGCGUCCAAGCCACUCUCGCUUUCCCUUUCUUCCGCCGGGAACGAUGUCUGACCCAGAAAAAGGAUCUGAAGAGCGGCACGAUCACGCCAAUCUCGUCAGCAAUGUCAAUGCGCGGAUCCAAAAUCCCCUCCAUGGUAUUCCCCAGGACAAGCUUCUCGCGCAAGUAGAAGAGUUCACCAAGGAGAAAGGUUUCGACGAAUACACGGAGACAUUCAAAAAGGGCGCAUUGCUCGCUCAGAAUCCUGGUGCAUUCGAGACGCUGCCGUUGUUGGAUGAGGCGGACCGAGAGACAAUCAGGAGAGAAAAGACACACAAAUGGUCUCAGCCAAAAGACCUGUACAUGACCGUUAUCAUCUGCUCCCUCGCUGCCGCGGUGCAGGGAUGGGAUCAGACCGGUUCGAACGGUGCUAACUUGUCUUUCCCGACCGAGUUUGGUAUCCCUACAGACAACAGUGCUCCGAAUAGAGAACACAAUGAAUGGAUCGUUGGGACUAUUAACGCCGGCCCCUACAUCGCAUGCGCCCUCCUCGGAUGUUGGCUCACUGACCCACUGAACAACUACCUUGGUCGUCGAGGGACGAUUUUCUUUUGUGGGAUCUUCUGUACGGCAGCUGUCAUUGGUUCUGGUUUCACCCAGACAUGGCCUCAGCUCUUCAUAUGCCGGCUGCUUCUUGGUCUCGGGAUGGGUCCCAAGGCUAGCACGACCCCCGUCUUCGCCGCAGAGAAUACACCAGCCGCAAUUCGGGGAGGGUUAGUGAUGAGUUGGCAGAUGUGGACCGCUUUUGGUAUCUUCCUUGGUUUCUGUGCCAAUCUUAUCCUCUACCGCGUUGGGAAUAUUGCCUGGCGGCUGCAGCUCGGCAGCGCUUUCCUACCGGCGGUGCCGUUGGUUAUCGGAAUAUAUUUCUGUCCUGAGUCUCCGCGGUGGUAUAUGAAGAAAGGUCGAUACGCUGAUGCAUUCAAGUCCUUCAAACGGCUAAGGAACACCGAACUGCAAGCCGCCAGAGACUUGUACUAUGUCCACCGACAGCUCAUUGAGGAAUACGAGGUCAUCAAAGGAAGCACGUAUAUAUCCCGUGUCAUCGAGUUGUUCACCAUUCCUCGUGUUCGCCGCGCGACACUCGCAAGCUGGGUGGUCAUGAUCGCUCAGCAAAUGUGCGGUAUCAAUAUCAUCGCGUUCUAUUCCUCGACGGUGUUCGUCCGAGCAGGGUACUCCACCGGCCAGGCGAUGUGGGCUAGCUUCGGCUUCGGAUUGGUCAACUGGCUGUUCGCAUUCCCUGCUGUUUGGACCAUUGAUACCUUCGGUCGACGAAACCUCCUGUUGUUCACAUUCCCAAACAUGGCCUGGACUCUGUUUGCUGCAGGGCUUUGCUUCUUGAUCCCGGAUGGAAGCUCUGCAAAAGUACCGCUGAUCGCGCUGUUUAUCUUCAUCUUUGCUGCGUUCUAUUCGCCCGGAGAAGGACCCGUACCAUUCACAUAUUCAGCUGAGGUGUUCCCGCUUACGCAUCGUGAGAUGGGCAUGUCGUGGGCUGUUGCUACUUGUCUGGGCUGGGCGGCCGUCCUAUCCAUCACGUUCCCGCGUAUGCUUACGGCGCUAACAGAAGUAGGAUCAUUCGGGUUCUAUGCAGGGCUUAAUGUGCUCGCGCUGAUAAUGAUCUUCUUCCUGCUGCCGGAAACCAAACAAAGAACACUUGAGGAACUCGACUAUGUGUUCGCUGUGCCGACGUGGAAGCACGUCGCCUAUCAGGGAGGCACCUUCCUACCGUACUGGAUCAAGAAGUGGGUACUUGGACAGCGAAACGCCGUCCUGGAGCCGCUCUACCACUUGGAAGAGGUGGAAAGUAUUACUGUGUUUGAGAAAGGUGUGGGCCAUUAAGAUCUUAAUGUUAGCUAUGAUGUGGAUCACGAUUUCUUGAUUUUUCUUGUAACGUUUACUGCAUGUAUCAAUGGCAUGAAAUGCUUUUUUACGACUAAAUCUACAAGGUAUAUCAAAAUUUAAUGGGGGCUCACCCGAGGAUA